AUGAAUUAAUAGAGACUUUUAUAUUAUCAUAUCUUUUAUAAGCAUACAUUAAAUUUUCAGAAUAUAAAUGCCGAUAUAUCAACAUUUUUUUUCAAUUAUUGUUUUAAAUUGAUACGUUCAAAUUGUAUGGCAUCAAUAGAGCAGCUUUCCAAGGUAGAGGAUCCCUAAUAAAUGCUAAAAGAUGAUUCUUCAACUUCAUCACAUGGAUCAGAUUCUUCUGACUCUUCAUAUGAUUUCGCGCAGGACUUAAACUAAAAGCCCUCGUCCAAGAGAACUCCUGAAGAGGAGAAGGAGCUUCUCUAUAAAUAUAGAGGAAAGCAUGGCCUAAAAUAUGCCAAAAUAUCAAAUGAAUAGCGACAGAAGUUGAUAAAGCAAGUGUCUACAACAGGCUGUACUAUAAAAAGCGCAGCUAAGGAAUUAAAUAUUAAUUUUUCAACUGCAAAGGCAAUUAUGCAAAUUUAUAGAAAGGAGGGUCGCACUUCAAAGAAAAUAAAGAGAGAGAACAAGAAAACCUUAUAAACCAAGUAAGAAAUUCUAAACCAAACCACUUCAGAUAAACCAAAUUAUGGUGAAUCACUACCGAAAAAAGCUGAUGUGGUGUAAGAUAAUUUAGACACAAAUCUUUAUCUAUAAGCAGAAGAGACCAAUAGGAGUUAAGCUCUAUUUAUUUAAUAAUUAAACACAUAGAAUUUAUUAUUAUAAGGCCGAGUACAGUAAUUGCAAUAGGAAAAAUAAUAAUUAACUCAGAACUACUCCUAAUUAACUUAUUAAUAUAACCAAUUAUAAUAGAUGAUGUCACAAAUGAUGCCUUCAUAUUAUAGACCUUAUCCUUGAUUAUGAUCUUUUCAUAUUAUAUCAAAAUUGUAUUAAAUCAAAUUUAAUUUAAAA